UGUCAUGGCGCUCACCAGUCCUGUGCACAAGGUGCAGGAGGUGUGAGAUAUUUUACUUUUUUGGCUUUUCUGCAAACAUUAUCAAUGGUGACAUUCGAAUUGGUUCGUUGAAAGGAUCGAUAAGCGCAUCAGGAAUGGAAUAAAUGUCAUAACUAUACUCUAGUAGACGAAAGUUCCUUGCUUUUACCCAGCGGCCCAUGCAGGCUGAACGUUACAUCGAACCUGCGUUGGUGUGGUCACGAGCUGGGCUGCUGUUACUUGGCCGUCGUCCGUUCCUAACGUGGUGUCAGAAGCUGGCUAACACCGUCACUAUGGCGGAAGGUGACCUCCAUAUCCAAGUGGUUUGCGUCGGAGCGUCGGGACUUCAUCCUUUAGCACCAUUCACUUUCACCAGCCCGGCGGAAUGGCCGACUUGGAUUGCAACGAGGACAGUCAGAACGACUUCAGCCAUCACUGCCAAGCCAUCAGAACUUCAAGGCAAGAGAUGCCGCAAACACGUCACAACAGGCAAACAACCACAAUCGCCGGCAUACUUCAAGUCCUCCGACCCCCUUGAAGUUGGGGGAGGACGUGUGGGUUAAGGACGUCAAUUGCCGAGGCAGUAUCCUCAGCCCCGCUCAGUGACCACAGUCAUAUGUGGUGGAAACGCCCAGGGGAACUCUGCAGUGAAACCGUCAGCAUCUAAUCCCCUUCUCAAAAACCAGUCAACAGAGGAACUGCCAGCCAGUGAACGAAAUCCAGGACCAAGUUUACAGCAGUCUAGGCCUGGUGAGGGUCAACCAGCAUCAUCGCCAGAGCCUCAGCAAGAAGGGCUUCGGCUGAGACGCACACUUUGCGGUCGUGUGAUUGGACCGCCAAGGCGACUGACUUAUAGAUCUUAAGGGGAGAUGUAGUGGGCAAUACUAAGGUAAUGGUGUUUAUCUUAUUGCUCCCCAGAGGACACCAUCAUUUAUGGAGCGCUUAUAGAAGGAGCGGCGCGUGGAAAUAAAAAGGGCUUUCUUUUUUUGGUUGUGGUCACGAGCUGGGCUGCUGUCACUUGGCUGUCGUCCGUUCCGAGCAGUCGCGACCGAUCCACUGCUACUCGUUGGCCAAGCCGCCGAGGAACUCGAACCCCUCUUUGCGACAAAACUCACGCUGCAGGAAGCUUAGCUCCCGGUAGUAGUCAUUCAUAACCUGCAUCUCGGCAGCGUGACUAGAUUUGUUGAUGCACACGCUAGCACUAACGCUGGUGUUGUUAGUGCCGACGUGCACGAUGGCAACGUCAAAAUCGGCAAGCCUGUCAGACCGCGAAAACAAGUUCUCAAUCCUAAUCCCACUAGAUGCGGCGACCUCAAUAGCCCUCCGGUCAAUCGACGAGAAGUACUGGUUCGAGUAAGGAUCACCGGCUACCAAAACACGAAGCACGUUGGGAGUGCGACCACGCUCGUUUACAACCCGAUACAAAAUCCAAAUUAACGCGUUCAAAGCGCAAAAUACAGACAAUGGCAGUAAAUACUAAUGAAUAUGGUUAAACAAAUAAGUAAUCAGGCAAAUGACAAAGGGAACGCUUCAAAUGAGUGCAAAAAGCUUGCGUGAAACCAACCCAGAACUU